CAGCUUCGUGUAUCACUCUUAGUAAUUGUUAAAGAACGGUUAUCAUAAAUUAAAUUAUUCCCAAUUAGUUGAACUCAAAAUGGGUGUGACUAAACCACUCCUUCUUCACACACUUGCGUUUUCACUCGUUCUUGGCUGGUUUGGGCUUGGGGUGUCUGCAGUGGUCCAACUUGAGGGAUAUAAUGUUGACCCCACCAGCGUCACAGUAUCUGGUCUCUCCGCCGGUGGGGCUAUGGCGACGCAGUUUCAUUUCGCCUUUUCGUCUGAAAUAUCUGGUGCUGGAGUCUAUGCAGGGCUCCCAUACACUUGCGGAAAAGGUGGCAUCGCUGACGCUUCACAGUGCAUGUCCAUCCCCGACUUUUUCGCCCCUAUCAACAGCCUCAUCGCCGCCGCACAAGCCAUCUCCGACCAGGGAACAAUCGAUCACAUCUCAAAUAUUGCCAAUAGUUCAGUAUACGUUUUCCAUGGAACGGCUGACUUCACGGUCAAUAAAGGAAACGGUGUCAAAGUUGAGCAAAUGUAUAAUCAUUUCGGGGCAAGAGUGGAAAGCAAUCUUGGAAUGAAUGCGAAUCACGGCUUCCCCACUGACUUUUAUGGCGCUGCAUGUUCCGCCUCCUCCGCCGCAACGCAGUACAUUAACAACUGCAAUUACAACGGAGCAUUUGCCAUGUUUGACUUUUUGUACGGAGGUGGCCUUAUUCAGCCCGUGACUGGUGGGGGUCUCCCGCCCGGCGACCUGCUCGAGUUUGACCAGGCUGAGUUUAUCACUUCCGGUAGUCCAGCCUCCAUCAGUAUGGACUCGAUUGGCUUUGCCUAUAUUCCGACAAGGUGUAAGGACAGGAGUAGGACUUGCAGAUUGCAUAUCGCAUUUCAUGGUUGUGUUCAGUCCAGGACCACGGCGGGUAUUGGGGACGCUUACGCCACAAAAACGGGAUAUAUCCACGCGGCCGAGGAGAAUAAUAUAAUCGUCAUCUUUCCUCAAACUGUGGCAAUGGGGACUACAAACCCUAACGCAUGCUUCGAUUGGUGGGGUUAUCUUCACGCAAAUUUCUUAACGAAACAAGGAGCCCAAAUGGCAGCAGUACAAAAAAUGAUGCAUCGCGUUCUGGACUGUCCUACUUGUGUUCCUGUCGACCCUUCCACCACCACCACGACUCCGUCCCCCGGGGGAUCUUGUGGUCCUAACGAGGUCGUCUUUUCCCCAUAUCCGCAACCCGGCAUGUGCGAAUUUUACAUGCUUUGUGCCUGUGGGGGAAAUCCUGUACUACUGCAAUGUGCACCUGGUCUUCACUAUGACGAUGCCAUUAAGGGAUGCAAUUUUCGGCAAUUGGUCCAAUGUGAUCCUGCCUUGAGGAAUAAUAGUAGCAGCAUUUACUAGUGUUCUACAAGUCUAUUUAAUCGGAACUCAAAAAUUCCAAACCUAUCUAUUAUACACCUCCAUCGCAAUCGAUGUACAUACACUUGUUAACCAUUUCCACGCGUUUUAUUUCACCUUAGUUUGUCAAUUCAUAUUACAAAUUACAACCUUAUUAACCUUGGCAUUAAAAUAUUUAUGAAUUUAA